CAUUUAUUAGAAUCAAUUGAUGAUAUUCAAAUGUUGGUAACAAGUAUUCCUUUUAAUUUAAGUUCAAGUUCUAUUCAAUGAAGGCAAUAGUGAGGAUCAUUUUGAGAAUGUUGUUUGCAAUCUAUUUCGUGAACAGUGUUUUAGGAAAUGAUAUAUGCAAGAAAAGUAUUUGCCUUGAUUGGGAACUGGAUGUAAAUAAGUUCACGUUGACCUGCAGAAUAACAAAUAUACAUUUAAGAGUUUUCAUUGAUGAUCCAUAUGGCAAGACACAAGCAGUCUGUCUUCCGCCUUAUCCAUUUGUGUGUGAAGCAUAUUAUAAAAACGGUAGUAUGUCGUAUAGUACAAUAACAAAAGAGAUAAAAUUCAUAUUAAAUGGAGAAACCGGUCGGAAAGUUGAAGGCUUCUGGGCAUGUCGUCAUGGAACUGGAAGAGACAUAUCUAGUGUUUUUGUUUCUAUGAUAACUACGACAGGUAGUAAAAGCACUUUAAUAGUCAAUUCCACGGAUAAGAGGACGGACACAAUUUCAACCCCAACACAAACUUCGUCUGCCUGGUCCUCUAAACUAAUGGAGUUCAAAAAUUAUUCAGAUUUGACGGUCAAUGAAGGAUUUCAAUCAACACAGUUCAUGUAUACAGAUAUGGAACGGGAAAAAACAAAUGUAAAAUUAGGAACCAUCAUAAGUAAAUUUUACGGACUGUUUAUUGGAGCAGCUGUGCUAGUUUUGAUUAUGUUUGUUGUAUGUUCUAUCUGGAUCAGUCGUCGAUUUACAGACAUUCAGUUGAAAUUAGAUGCAAGAGUGCAAAACCAUUUAAAUCAAACUGAAGAACAUACAAUGGAUCUGAAUGAAAACACAGACGAGCGAAUAGACAGAAUGUCAGAUUAUGAUUCAAUAAACGAGAAUGAAAUGCUUCCGUUUUCAUCUGUUGUUGUCUUUGGUGACAAAGAUUCAAGUUUAGAUACAGACAACAUUGCAACAACUCAUACAUGCAUCCACGAGAAUACUUCGUCUUCAGACAACUCAUACCUGGAGGUAAUCGACGAUAGUACAUAUCUGAAUCCUUAUCAAUCCAUAGAAGUUCAACAUGAUUCAAAAAUAGAUCAUGAUUACUGCACAACGUCAGGCUCUAAUUUCUUAGAAAUGUGCUCUCCAAAGCUUACUGAAAAAUCAUCAAAUGAACAAUCUUCUACAUGUUAUACGGACGUCAGCAACAAUCAUGGCAAAUUUGAUGUUACAGUACAAUCUGAAUCACCAGAAAUCAACGUGAUUUGUUCUGAAAUUCUUAAAGAAAAGACUUUAUUUACUGUAAAACCUGAUAACAAUGAGGCAAACGAUGCCUGCAUCUUUCCGUCUCAUUCAAUGAGUACUUUGCUUUAAUAAACAUCGCACAUAUUGUGCAUUAUAUGGUUAGGGUUAGGUUCAUUUUAUUUUACGAUGACAGAGCUGGUAGAUCAAUAUGAAUUACAAAUCAGCAUAAACUACUUUCAUCUUAACAAAUGAACUUUUUGAAAGGAUUAACGUUUAGACGAACAAUAGAAUAAACUAAAACAACUCGCAAUUCUUUUUAGGGAGUAUGUGAUUGAAAUUUGAAAGGGCAUACAAUACAAAGAUAAUGAAGUAUGUGACAAUGAAAUCAAAAUACAAUUUUAAAUUGCAUAUUGAAAUAUGGAAUUGCACGCAUUGAAUUUGAUAUGGUGAUUCCAAAUUUAAAUUUAAAAAUUGGAAAGGGAAGUCAGUCGUUGUUGAUUAACUGGUUAAGAACCCAAGAUAGUAAAAGCCGUUGUCAUUUGGAGUAGUAUUGUUAGAUUCGCAAUUGUACAUUCGUCCAAUAGGAAUAUUUAGUUUUUACGAAUGUAUAUUAACAUGCUAGUUAAUAUUCUGUAUUAAAGGGAAUGAAAAUUAU